AUGAAUCCCGUCGAGUCGGACAAACUGACGGUGGACCUGCCGACAGAGCCUCCCUUGGCUCCAGUCGCCUUGACCAACGUCUGUCACACCAGCGAACUGCCGACUUCUCCAGAUGCAGACCGGCCAAAGUUCAAGGUAAGAAAGGGAAAGAUUCUCGUCAACUUUUGAAAACAAAAAUAAAAACCAUUCCGUAACAAAAAAAAAUGAGAUACUCAGGAACUUACCAAAAAAGGUAUGCGAUUAGAAAUAUAGUCAAAAAGGGUCCGGAUUGUAGGAGAGAUACAAACUGGGAUAGAAAACGCAAAAUGCCUUCAGAAAAUUUCCUAAUAAUAUUUUCUAUAACAAGGAGAAACAGAUUGAUAUAGAAAAGAAGGGAUAUGGUUGAAUGAAACUCUGUGAUCUUAGUUUUGAAAGUGAAAAAACUGCCGGGAAUUUUCCUUUGAAGUUGAUUUCACACGCCUUUUCGAAAAUUGCGCCGUUCGAUUGCGUCCAGUGGGAAUCGGUGUCUCAAAGUUUGGCUUAGGUGUACUAUGGGACCGUAGUGGGAAAGGUAUCCUAAGGAGAACGGCGGCGGCGUUUCUUCCAAAGGGCAAAUACGUGUUCAUUUUUUUUUAAUUUGAAACAACUUAAGAAAUCGAUGAAGUUUAGAAAUUUUUUAUUUAAGUUCUAAUCCUUCUUCUUUUGACCAUUGUCGCUGGUCGCAUUCCAAAAAAAUGACAGAUUCAAAUACGCUAAUACGAUCAAAAAAUGUACACUGGGAGUUUGAAAAUUGAGUUGACGUUUGAAUCGCGCUUAUAAAUGCUCGAGGCUUUUUCAAUUUUUAUAAAAAAAAAUGGUCUUUUCUAGAAAGUUCAAACUAGAUUAUACUAAAGUAUGAUCUUUGAGAAAAGUCAACCGAUUCUCAAAACAUACCCCCUCUGAUUUUCCGUUUCUGGCGCUAUCGCGUUUUAACGGUCUUUGGCUUGGCCGUCAGCCAGCCUGGCCUUAUUUCGGACUCAUUACUGUCCCUAAGCCACGCCUUGUUUUGCUUCUUUUCACCUUAUCAGUAUGUUUUAAAAUUAGUCGUCAAAUGAGAUACGAGGUUCGCUCUCCCAUCGUUAUCUUCGACAAUUUCAAUUUUCGGCCUUUCUCAUUGUCCUACUGUAGGAGAAAAGUUGCAAAAUUCCCGAGCGUAUGGUCUACUCGGUUCUAUUUUCUAUAAGAGAAUCCAAAAAAAAAAAUUUUUUUUUGUUCGUUGCUCCUUGAGCGUCUGCCAGCGCGGUGUGUAAAGCCCUCUUCAAAGUCACGUUUUAAUGACAUCCCAAAGGCUUUUUUUUUUCUCGCGAACAAUUGUUCUGCUCAGCUUGUUCUCACAAGUUUGAAAAUUUUCGAUUAGAAUAAGUAAGUCAAAGUAGAUUCAGUAGUUGUCUUAAAGCCCUCCAAAAAUGGUUUCUAAGCUGUGGAAUGUAAUGUAUAAAAAGAAUUGAAAAAAAAAUUGGUUUAAAAUAGGAAUUUGUGAAAAAUGAUUCUGCACCAAUAUAACUUGGAAUCAGCUCAAAACGAAAAUAUUCUAAUCUCAAGGUUGUUUUGAAAUAAGAAUAGGCAAGGCCUAUUUAGUAUAUUAUCGAAAUCGUCUUGCUCUUUGUGUGUUCGGUUAGAAACAAGAAUAACAUUAGUUGGCGAAGAUUUUCUGUAGAUAGGUGUGCGUGAUUUUGACGGAUGGGCUGACCCAAGGACGCCACUUUUCCCCAUUCUCGACAUCCUUUUUUUGGCGCGUUUUUUUGGUAAUUUUUUUCGAACUUAGAAAAGAUAAAUUUUUGCUAAAAUAUGCUUCAAAACGUUCGAUUUUUUCUGUGCGUCUCUCUCACGUGGAUUGUUUUGAGUCUACUUUCAACCCUGUUCGCGGCACAAUUGGUUGUAAAAAGCCUGCUGCUGCUGAUUUAUCAAAUACCUCGCUUCGCCGCCUUUCCUCAUUCGAAUAGUUAUUUCUCUAAAAAAAAAAUCUGUUCAAAUUGGCUUCGUCUCAAGUUUACUAACUUUUUUUUUCCACAAAAGGGCUGCCGUGGUAUUUCACAGUACCUUUAUAGUUGAUUGCCAAAAAAAUGCAAUUUUUCAAAAUUUUCCGAAUAUUCUUCUGUUGGCUCUAUACUUGCAAGGAGUUGUUUGUUGUUUUUGUUGAUUUUUGUUGUUUUCGGGGUCGCCAGCCUCGUGUUUUUUCUCUUCCGAAAGAAACAAGUUCGCUCUCUUAAGCUUUUCCAAACUGACGACAUCUAUCGGAAAAAAAGCCUGAAUUUGUCAAUUUUCCGUCAUUUUUUCUCUUUUCUGACGGUCCACAUGGAUUCCAUGUUAUUUAAAACGCAAUUUUGACCUUUUCACAGCAGGAUUCUUAUCUUUCUUCCAUUGUUUUUCCACUUUUUCAUGUUUGUCUUGCAAAGGUUUUUUUUUAUUUUUGGCAUAACCUGUACAGCUUUUCAUAGGAAGUUGAGAAGUUCCUUUCAUAACCAUUUUUUCUCUUUAAUUGAAAAAAAAAGAAAAAGUUUGUAAGGCUUUUCACGACAGAAAUUUUUUCAUUCAGCCUUCUCUGAUUACAGCGUAUUUAUAACGUUUCCUUCUGUCAUUUCUAUAAUGAACUUCUUCAAAACGUGAGAAUGAACAGGAAAGGAAAUGCCGCCAGCGCGGACGGUUGUCGUCUCGCCAAUGCGCGUAGAGCCACCGUCCACAAAGCACAUUUUAAUGAGAAUCCCACGGCCUCUACGAGUUUCAAAUACUGCUCAACCGGCUACCGUAGUUGGUGGCGAUUCCUAUAAGGCCGUCAAGGAGGGAAGAAAGGUAAGGGGAAACGAAGAAUUUCUUGGGCUCAUCAGAGAUUGUUCUGGGCGCUACACGUCUUCCGUUGAACUUUCCUAGAUGCUUCUUCAAUGAGAGAAAAUCCCUUUAUCUCAAGUUUUUGUGAUUUCGCGUAUUGAGCCGUUUAACUUGCUGCUAUAGAAGUAAACGUAGAAAGUUACAAAUUUAAUUUUCCACUCUUUGAUGUUCAGUUUUUAAUUAAUUUUUUUUUACAUGAAGUUUUUAAAUUUCACAACGAAUAUAUGAAAUAUUGCAACAUCAGCAAUCUCAAAGAAAACUCAUUUGUUUGCGCUCCCGUUUCGCGCGUGAUUUACAGGUUUCCUUAUCAGUUUUUUAAUCAUCGGAGGCUGAUAAUUGUAAGAAUAUGAAGGAAUAAAUCAGCACCUCUUAUAUGCUGACGAAAGAGGUGAAAAUCGAGUUAUUGGUAUUGAAAUACAAUAAAGCCUAAAUAAAAAAUUUUUUUAAUGUUUUUCUUUAAGGUCUACAAAAUCGUGCUGACCGGCGGACCGUGCGGUGGAAAAACGACUGCUCAGGUGAGAAAAAGGUGAGAAAAUCUUAGCCGCUGAGCUAUUUUUGAGAAAAUCUUAGCCGCUGAGCUAUUUUUGAGAAAAUCUUAGCCACUGACGCUAUAGAUUAGGUGUAGUGAUAUUUAAGCGUGAGGAAUAAAUGGAAGGUUUAUGAAAAUAAGUCUUGGCUGUUUUAUUUCUUCAAAUUUCAGCUGAGAAUAUAAACUGAAAAAAAAAACUCUAGUGGCUCCUUCAAAGGUUCCUCAAGAACUACUUGGAGAGUUUACUAAAGUGGCCACUAAAACGACCUCUAUAGAAGCGACCAUUUUGCCUUAGCAUCCCUUAGACUUCUAAAGAAGCCACUAAUUUUUAUUUCUUUGAGUGGUCACUAUUCUUUCUUCGACUACUUUGUGCGUCAUUAUAAUUUUUCACAGAACUCUGAAAAAUAAAAAUAACGUGUAUUUUAAAAGCCACUUGGCCAUGUCGAACUAAGAAAAGCUAAAAGAGAGCUGAAACUAAAAUAAUAGAGUAGAGAAAUUCAAAUUUUUCUCUCAUUUCUGUAAAUAAGAAGAGUUUUUUUAAGGUGCGGCUGGCCACUUUUUUUCGAGAACCUCGGAUGGAAGGUGUUCACAGUGCCGGAAACGGCCACUAUCCUGCUAGGAGGCCGCGUCAAGUUCUCUGAGCUCGAUGAGAAUCAACUGUAUUUGUUCCAGCGGGAUCUCCUCGCGACUAUGCAUCAAAUCGAGAAUGUUAGUCGACACGAGUUAUUUUUUAAUUUCAACCAAAUUUUUCAAUAUCCUUUUUCAAAGAAUAAUUUUUCCGUUUUUUUCUUUAUCUGAGGUAGGCUUGCAAAGACUGGAGAUGAAUUUUGAAGUUUUUUUUCCAUACGUCUCCUUCGUUUUUCUAUCUUUCUCCGCGGCGUUUUUUUUGGCGACGGCCCGCGAAUAUUUUUUCCGUAAAGUGUAGUGUGUCGUGUGCAUACACUGCGGCACUCUUGCACACGUCGCGUUCAACGUAAUUUUCGCAAACUGAAAUUCAGUUAUAUUUUUCCCUCUCUGGUGGCUAUUUUUAAUUUUGCGGAAUUACUUUCAACACGGCAUGUGUUUUAAAACAAAAAAAAAAACAGAAAAAUCGCGUUUUUUUAAAUGAGAAAUAGAUUCCUUCUGGUUCCAUUGAUGCGUCUUCAAUACUUCCUGUUGUUUACGCGUUUUUCCCAUGACGUCACAUGGGAACGGCGAAGAUUUUGACCACGCCCUCUUAAUUUUUGGUUUUGCGUUUUCUUCCACUAACAAGAACUCCGUGUCUCACGUUAGAAGUAAUAUGAAGGCAAUCAGGAAGGCAGUAUUAUUGAAAAAUUUCCGUUUGCUCCUGUUUUACAACGAUGCUCACGUGAUCCAUAAAGUAACUAAUUUUUUUUUUUGGCUCUGAUAGCUUGUGAUUAAGUUUAGCAACGACAAAAAGACAAACAGAUGCAAAAAAUCAGUAAACAAAGGCUCAAACCCUUUUUUUGUCAACACUAAUAUUUCAAGUUUUUCAGACCUUCUUCAACCAAGCUUCAGCCAUCAAGAACAAAAAUGUUCUGAUUAUUUGUGACCGCGGCUGCAUGGACCCGUCGGCCUAUUCCAGUGCUGUGAGUUUGAGAAAGCUGAUUAGGAUUGGCUCAAGGAGCCGUUUCAUUCGGUGUUGUGGUCGAAAAAGAAAUUUGUCUUUUCUGUCUCUGAGUCUAAGGUUUAUCAUUAAAAUUAAAGGGAUUUUCAUAGUUUCCUGGCUUCUUUUCUAUUAUGACACGAAGUGAAACUUUAUCUUUUCACUUUUUGUUUACACGUAAUUUUUCAUUAAGUUAUGACCUCGCUACGACAAGGAAGGUCAUUUUACUUUGCCCUCUGAACUUCCCUGAAAAUUGGCCAGGACGCUUAUUGAUGUACCAGAUGAAGAUCUUGAAAGUCUCAACUUGCCAAAAUCUCUAGUUUCUGAGAAAGGAGACCUCAAUGGCAAAGGAAUCCCCCAAAGCCGUUAAUAUAGGGCAUUUUGAGGUCUUGUGACCCCUUAUAUCUCUAAACCUAAGAAGUUCCGCAGGUUGAGGACUUUCAGUAUCUUUUUCUGGUACUUUCUGGUAGACAAUCUCCAGUCGCAAAGCAAAGUGGCCUCCCUUGUGAGAUAAUGAGAGCGGAAAUAUUUUGAAUCGUGAAGAGACACUGAAAAAAGUCUUCCCAAAUGCGACCGAACAUUUCAAGUUCCAGUGGAAGAACUAGAUGACCACUGUUCAGGAACAUUGGAACAAAAUGUUGACCGAACUGAAAUACGACGAGUUCGACUUGCGGUGCAAUCGCUACGAUCAAGUGAAUCCAAAAUUGGGACCGUUUUAGGAAAAGUUAUUUUCAGAUUGCCCAUUUGGUGACCGCGGCUGACGGGGCCGAGAAGUACUAUACACUUGCUAACAACUCGAUCCGUUCCGAGGGAAUCGAUCAUGCUAGAGAUCUCGACAAAAUCACGCGAAAUGUAUGAGAAUUCAAAACAAAAGGAAAUAUUGCAACUGUAGAGUCGAAAUAGGACUCCCUAUAGGGGUUUAGAACCUGACCUUUAACCCUCUUAAGCUUAAGGCACUCUAGGGAUCUUUAAAUUUUUUUCAGAUUUCUUGAUAAAACGUGAUCCGAUUUGUCCACUGUUUAUAUUCUCCAUUUAUUGAGUUUUUGGCAUGGAAAUUCUUCCUCCCAUAGAGUUCAUAUAAAUAAAAGACUAGAUCGCCCCCCCCCUUGAGUGGCCACUUUUGUAAGCUUUCGUACUCGCUAUAGGGUGAGGUUGAGAUGAAGGACAAGUCCGUUGUUUUUUACGUGAACUUUUUUCAGUUCAUUUUUGCAGGUCUGGGUAGGUCACCCGUACCUGGACAUAAUUGACAACACUAACACCUGCACUUUCGAAGACAAAGUCAACAAACUGAUCCAGGUUUCAGAGACAAUUUUUGUGGAAAAAAUGUCAUGAAUUUUAGGUCGUCUGCUAUCGAACAGGAAUCCGUAUGGGUGAUAGACUCGACAAAAACAGCAAGUGUGUAGUUAGGAGAACUUUUAUUUUUUUGGUACACCUUAUCAGCCCAAAAAUUUGACAAACUUCCUUGGUCAAUAAUCAUUUCGAUAUACCUUUUAUUUUUGUAGCUAUCUCACUCCAGCUUUAAUUUUAUCACUUAUCGUUAUUGCAUUACUUUUUCAGGUAUUGCAGGAAUAGUUUUUUUUUUAAUUUCAGUUUUCCAAAAAUGAUUUUUCAAAAAUUUCUACAAAAAUUCUUCUUAGGAAGUCGAAAAGCAUAUUUUUCCUAGAUUUGAAGAAAGUUUUUCUUGGAUGAUAGUGAUAAUUCUCUUCCUUGAUUCGUAACUUUUUUCCGCUAACUUUCUUCUUCAAACCAGUCUUGAAGAACUUGACCAAAACUUGGCGAUUUGACAUCCAGCUUCUCAAAAAAUUACUGCGUCUUUUUUUUCGAGAGUUUCCCCAUCAAAAUUUUCUCACCCCUUCACCCUUUCAUUUCUAAUUAUGCUAAUUUCCCUUCAAAUACUCAAGUUAUCACUUGACAGAAAACGCAAAUGGCUCGUAUCGGUCAUCGACGAGACCAAGUUCGUUCCCUAUGAGGAGUUCGAAAUGGAGCACCUGUACUUGCUCACUGACAAUCCGAAGUAUCAGGUGAGAGAAAAUCAGAGGAAAGUUCGCAAAAAUGGGCUUCAGGUUCGUUUGCGACGUCGUACUCAGCGUGGAAGGUCUUCUUACACCUUGACGGCGAGGGAAUGGUUCCCAGAUGAGCAGGAGAGCAUCGAGACAAGGUGAUCAGCAAAUCAUGAAGGGCCUGGGCUCUUACUGAAUUAAAGUAGACCAAUUUCAGGAAAAAAAGAUUUUAACAGUACAGAAGGCUUCUUGAAGACCAGCAUAAAAUUUUUUAUAGCAGUAUUGUAGAAAAUUGGGCCCUUUCAAAAAAUCUACACUGAAAUGCAAAAUUGUUUUUCUGCUUUUCAAAAUAAAUUGAUCUUUGAAAGUUUUUUCCAAAUAGUUCACACAUUAUUAGUCAAUCCUUUGUCAACGACAAUUUUCCUUGUGAAUGCAAUGAAUAUUAUAAUAAUUUUUCCCGACUUGAAAGGUGAGACAGGUAGAUUGGCAAGGGUGAAGCGUUGCGUACGCGUCGCGGCUUUUAGAGAAAGAAUAAUAUUUUUUUUUCGCAACGCUUCACCCUUGUCAAUCUACUCAUCUCGCCUUUCAAGUCGAGAAGGGUUGACUGUACAAUGCAAAAAAAUGUUUAAUUGUUUCAGGAAGCAGUUAAGCGAGCGCGAGUAUCAGCACUACUUGCCAAUGAAGGACAACAGCCGCGCCAAGCUGUUCAAACUUCGCCGCUGCUUCAUGGUCGGAAACCAGGUUCGAAUGGAAGAAGAACCUCCCAAAAAUACUGGUUUCAGUACUUCAAUCUGGACAUCUACAAAGACCCACUGCCGCCGAAGGCAGAAGGACACCAGUACAUGUUCCUGGAGACCUACACAACGGCUCCAAAAGGCUCGCCCAUCCCACCUCUUCCGGGUUUUCUCAUCGUGGAGAAGGUUUGAAAUGUUCUUGUUCAUUUGACAGAGCUCUAGGCUUCAAUUAAGUGAUUUUAAAAAAGUAAAGGGUGAAACUUUUUUUUUGAAAUGAAAGAAGCUUUAGAAAGUUCUUCGGGAUGAGAAAUGAAGAAAAAGUUAUCUUAUGAAUGGUACGGAAUGUUAAAACUUCAUAAUUUCUCAUAAUCAUUACAGCAAUUUCCAUGGAAGAAAGAAAAAGAAAAAAUCUUGAAUAUUAACUUUUAUCUGAUUCUGAUCUUGCACGCUGACGAAAAGCACCUUCCCAGCUUUUCAGUGAAUCGAUCAGGAAAUUUUAAUUAUUUUUCAUUUACAAAUAGAAUCUUGAAAGAAUAGACUUGUUUGUUCCUGUCAAAACAAGCAAAACGGUUUUGUGGUUAUAGUUCUCGAGAAUCAUCUCCAGGGAGUUUAUUGCAUAUUCGGAACAUUUCAACCCGCUUCAAUUCUCUCCAACCGUGAGCUUUUCAGGAAAUUACUGGCGACGACAAAUAUUCAAUGUACACUCUUUCGAAACACGCCAACGUCGCCUGCCCCAACGAGUUCCUCGGCGCCGCCAGUUAUAAAGAUGACUAG